GCAGAACAAGGAGGCGGAGGAGGAGCACGGAGGGGAGAAAGGAAGGAGGCGAGCAGACUGAGGAGGCGAAUGGAGAAACAGGGGGGACAAUGACGCCGAGACGUGGAAGGCAAGAGAGGUGGUGGAGGAUGAUGGAGGAGGAGCUCACGACGCUUUCAAGCAAAAAGCCGCCUGAACGCCGAGGGACAUGAUCCCCAAGGGAAUGUCACACACCGACCGCGUCCUCUCCCCCAAGCAGCAGCAGGAAGCACAGGAGCAGGAGCAGGAGGAGGAGGACCAGGCGGCUACGAAGAAGCGGCGUCUCCAGGGGAGAGAGAGAGAGAGAGAGAGAGAGAGCACAAGGAUGACGAGGAGAGAAAAAGGCGAGCAUGAGGAUGGUAACUACGACAAUGACGAAGACAAGGAGGAGGACGACAAAAAACAAAAUCCACAACAACAACAACAAAAGCAAGAACAACCACAGCAACACACAACAACAAAAACAACAGCAAUAACAACAACAACAACAACAACAACAAAAACAACAACAACAACACAACUGCAACAACAACAACGACGACGACGACCACAACAACAAUUACAACAACAACGACAAUAACAACACCACCAACAACAACGACAACGACAACGACAACGAGGAGGAGGACGAUGAAUCCAAAGAGCAGCAGCAGCUGCAGCUGUAGGUGCGCUGGUGUCCCCCCCAAAGAUGGGUCUGGUGCACCGAAGCCCUCGCGCUUACUGGGGGGUCCACACGCUAGACGUGUCGCAGACAGUCGGCGCUUUGGCGGAUUCUGCUGCUGC